AUGACAUCCUAUUAUACAUCAUUGGCAAAAGUUACCCUGCGUCGUGGCGAACCCUAUUUACGCACAACAACUCCGUCUGCAAGUCCCUCUUCAUCGACUACAACUCCCGUUAAAACUACAACAGUCACUCCUACUCAUCAAUCCUCUACAACAAAUAGCAGUGUCACCGAUUCAUCACAAUCGUUAACAUCACCGACAAGUACUCCAUCAUCACUGAAUGGUAGUUUAGCUCCAUCAACUGCACCUCCUCCUCCACCUCCUCCACCUUUACCACCCUUGUUACAUGUAACAAACGGCUCUUCACGUCCAUCUCAAGAUUCGACUAGUCAAUCAGCCGCUCUUCACAGUUCACUCUCCCAUACAAUAACAUCAAAUGGUGAUUACAGAUCUACAUUGUAUCCCUCAAUUAAUAAUCAAAAUGGUCUCUUAUCAUCCACUCCGAUUCCCCCUCCACCACCUGCUUAUUCAUCCAAUUCGACUCUAUCGAGAUUAGUCCAACAUCGAGAUGAACCAAGAAGAAAAGAGUCCGAGAGUUCGAGUUCAACGACGAAUACGAAAACAGCAGUUCAUGAUCAACAACAACUUCAACCACAACAAAGAAUUCGAGAAAUUAGUAGCAAUGUUGGAUUUGUAUCAUUGCCGGAUCAAGUACACCGUCGUGCUGUUAAACGGGGAUUUGAAUUUAAUCUUAUGGUUGUUGGUCAAUCCGGUUUAGGUAAAUCAACAUUUAUUAAUACAUUGUUUCAAACUGAAUUAUAUGGACAAGAUUUUCCAUCUACUGUUCAUCGUAAAAAGAAGACCGUAUCGAUCGAUUCAUCAAGUAUUAUUCUGAAAGAAAAAGGUGUUCAAUUACGUCUAACAAUUGUUGAUACACCUGGAUUUGGAGAUGCUGUUGAUAAUAGUAAUUGUUGGCAGCCAAUAUUGGAUUAUAUUGAUUCGAAAUAUGAAGAAUUUUUAAAUGCUGAAUCACGAGUCAUUCGUCGACAAGCAUCCGAUAAUAGAGUACAUUGUUGUUUAUAUUUCAUCUCACCAACAGGACAUAGUCUUCAACCGCUUGAUAUUGAAUUUAUGAAACGUUUACAUGAUCGUGUUAAUAUCAUUCCCGUUAUAGCCAAAGCUGAUACUCUAACAUCUGAUGAAUUGAGAAUAUUUAAAAAAUCAAUAUUACAAGAUAUUCAUAAUGAAAAAGUGAAAUUAUAUGAAUUUCCAGAUUGUGAUGAUGAUGAAGAAAAUAAAUUAACAAAAACAUAUAAAGAAAAAGUUCCAUUUGCUGUUGUCGGUAGUAAUAUUGUAUUGGAACGAGCAAAUAAACGAGCGAGAGUUAGACAAUAUGCGUGGGGAAUUGUCGACGUGGAAGAUGAAGCUCACAGUGAUUUUAUUGCAUUGAGAAGUAUGCUUAUCCGAACAAAUUUAAUUGAUUUACGUGAUGUCACUCAUAAUAUUCACUAUGAAAACUAUCGUUAUAAGAAAUUAAGUCAUUCAACGAGUAGUGGUACGACGGGUACAGAUUCAACUAAAGCCGGAUCAAAUAAAUCAUUACAAUCAAACAAAAAUUUUUUUUCACAAUUAGAAGAUGAACGUGCUGAAACUGAAUUACGUUUAGAAAAAAUGAGUCGUGAUAUGGAAGCCGUUUAUCAAUCAAAAGUAACAGAAAAAUUACAAAAAUUAGAAGAAAGUAAACAAAAUGUUUUGAAAACUCAAGAAUCAUAUCGUCAAAGUUUACAACAAGAAGAUGAACGUUUAAGUUCGAAACGAGAAGAAUUUGAAAAACAUCGACGAGAAUGGGAUGAAAGUUCAAAAGUAUUUGAAUCAAGUGGAUCAUUAACACAAGAUAUACCAAAAUUACCAACGUUAAGUAAUCAACGUCCAUUAGCUGACUGUUUGUCAGAGGACGGGGCUGCGUGGAAGCACUCGACAGACCAUGAUAAUGCCAAUGUCUAUUCAAGUGGACAUUGGGCCUUAAAACGUUAA